UUUCAAUUCACAGAAACAGAAAGCGAAAAAUAAAAAAAGGUAAAAACUUGGAACAUUUUUUUUUGUGGCUGAACAAAUUUGGAAACCAAACCUGAAAAACUUAAAAGAAUAUCAACGCCUCCUGUGGAGAUGAUGAGGAGGCUGGAGAAUGUAGGGUUAGUGUUAAUGGGAUGGGUGAUGGUGUGGUUGGGUUCGUGCACGGGAAGGUUCGUGGUGGAGAAGAACAACCUGCGAGUGACUUCGCCGGAGUCCAUCAGAGGUGUUUACGAGUGCGCCCUCGGUAACUUUGGGAUCCCUCAAUACGGCGGAAGCAUGGCCGGCACCGUCGUUUAUCCCAAAGCUAACCAGAAGGCUUGCAAAAAUUUCGACGAUUUUGAAAUCUCUUUCAAGUCCAGAAUCUCUGGAUUGCCCAUAUUCGUUCUCGUCGAUCGAGGAGAUUGCUAUUUCACCUUGAAGGCUUGGAACGCGCAACGAGCUGGUGCAGCGACCAUCCUGGUGGCAGAUAACCGGCCUGAACCACUCAUCACGAUGGACGCUCCAGAGGACGAAACGGCAGAUGCAGAUUACCUGCAGAACAUCACGAUUCCUUCAGCCCUGGUGAGCAGAUCUCUCGGGAGCGCCAUCAAAGAGGCCAUAGCUCACGGAGAACCCGUCCAUAUAAGUCUCGACUGGCGUGAGGCUCUUCCACACCCAAACGACCGAGAGCUGCUCAGAUUCUCGAGAAGGGAGGCUACACUCGCUUCACUCCCCACUACAUCACCUGGUAUUGCCCUGAAGCCUUUCUGGCAAGCAGACAGUGCAAAACGCAGUGCAUCAAUGGAGGAAGGUAUUGUGCUCCCGACCCUGAGCAAGAUUUCUCCAGAGGGAGUCGAUGUGAAGAAAAUAGACAAAUGCAUUGGAGACAUCGAAGCAAAUGCUGAGAAUCCCGUUCUUAAAGAUGAACAAGAAGCACAAGUUGGGAAAGGCGCGCGGGGAGAUGUGACAAUACUACCAACUAUUGUGAUAAACAACAGACAGUACAGAGGGAAGUUGGAGAGAUCGGCGGUGCUUAAGGCCCUUUGCUCAGGGUUUCGUGAGACGACUGAGCCGCCCAUCUGCUUAACCGAAGACAUAGAAACCAAUGAGUGUUUACAAAACAAUGGAGGGUGUUGGGAGGAUAAGACAACCAACAUUACAGCUUGCAGGGACACUUUCAGAGGAAGAGUAUGUCAAUGCCCCAUUGUUCAAGGUGUCAAGUUUUUGGGUGACGGUUACACCCAUUGUGAAGCGUCGGGGGCAUUGCGUUGUGGAAUAAACAAUGGAGGAUGCUGGAAACACACUCAAAUGGGCAAAACAUAUUCCGCUUGCCGGGAUGAUCAUUCGAAAGGCUGCAAAUGUCCACCUGGAUUCAAGGGAGAUGGGCUCAAAAACUGCCAAGAUGUGAAUGAGUGUGAGGAGAAAACAGCGUGCCAGUGUCGCGGUUGCAAAUGCAAGAACACAUGGGGAAGCUAUGAAUGUAGCUGCAGCGGAAGCCUGCUUUACAUCAGAGAGCACGACAUUUGCAUAAAUAAGGAUGCAAGAGGAGAUGUAAGCUUGGGUGUUAUACUGAUAAUAGUAAUGGGAUUAGGAGCAGCUGCUUUGGGAGCUUACACUGUUUACAAAUACAGAAUUCGGACAUAUAUGGACUCAGAGAUUAGAGCGAUCAUGGCGCAAUACAUGCCUCUCGAUAAUCACCCCAACACUCAACUUUCUUCUCAGCUUGAGUUGUAAGGACAUUUUGCCUUCACUCAAUUCAAGCUUUGAUCAUAUAUCGGGAGGGGGUCCUACACUUUAAUUAGCCAUUUUGGGUUUUUAAAAACCUUCUUAUGCUGCUUAACUAUUUUGUUUUUUUUUCUUCUUCUUAGAUUCAAACGCUUUAAAACCAUCCUGGUCGUCAGGUCCAUCCGUUACUUUGAACCUUAUAUAUUUGUCACUCUUUUUUUUUGGAUGUCAAUUAUUCAUUUACUACUACAGUAAACAUCACACAAAAUCACAUUGAAUUGUUCUCUCACGAGAAAGGGCCAAGCUCUGUACCAAACAAUUUAUCUUUGAAAAGAAAAUGACAGUGUCUUGAUUCACUGUACAACUAACUUUAUAACAAAGCUGGAGAUUGAUAUUUAAUCCUUG